CAACUUGAAUCUUGAAUUUAUUAAAUUUUUUUAUCACAACUAAGUUUCUAAUUGAAGAAUAUUCUAAAAUUCUAGAAAAUAUUGCUUAUUGUAAAGAUGGGUGGACUGUUUUCAUCCAAAAACAAAAAGACAUCAAGAGUUACAGAGCAAGAUAAUGCUGUUCUUCAAUUAAAAAUUCAGCGAGAUAAGCUAAAACAGUAUCAAAAGAAGAUUAAUGUACAAUUAGAAAAAGAAAGAUUAUUAGCUAGACAGCUGUUAAAAGAUGGUAAAAAAGAUAAAGCCAAAUUAUUGUUAAGAAAGAAGAAGUUUCAAGAGGGUAUGUUAGUCAAAACAGAUGGUCAGCUAGACAAUAUUGAACAAAUGGUUCAUGACAUAGAAUUUGCUCAAAUUGAAUCAGAAGUUGUUAAAGGUUUAGAAAAUGGAAACAAAUCAUUGAAGAAAAUGCAUGAGAUGAUGUCAUUAGAUGAUGUAGAAAAAAUAAUGGCUGAUACUCAAGACAGUAUAGAAUAUCAAAGGGAAAUAGAUGAGUUAUUAAGUGGUAGUUUAACACAAGAAGAUGAAGAUGAUGUUUUAGCUGAAUUGAAUGGAAUUAUCCAGCAAACGUCACAAGAAAAUGAAGACAUCAAUCUACCUGAUGUGCCUAAAGAUAAAUUGCCUGAACCUUCAAAAGAGAAAACCAAGGUACCAAAAGAAGCUGUUCUUGCUUCAUGAUAUAUGUAUCAAACACUAUGUCAUAACUUAUUUUAUUUAUGUACUGAAAUUGCACUUUGUGGGCUAUGUUGAUUUGAUUUAUAAAGAUUAAGGACUAUUAACUGAGGUGGUUGUUGUCAAAUUCUGGAACUUAUUUUGGUUAUAGUUAUCAUCUUAGUUCAAAUUUUGAUUCCCAAUGUUAAGGAUAUUGUAUUAUAUUGUAGGGUAAUUUGUAACAUGGCAAUAUUUAUUUUUCAAACAUGUGGAUAGUGUUGACAAAAAAAAACUUUUCCAGAUAAAAAUUUAUGUUGAU